AUGUUGCUCUUUGGGAACAGGCUGAAUAUUGACAGUUGUUGGAUUGGCUCCCUUAGUUGCCCACAAGGUUUAUUCUCUGCCACAGUAUAUGAUGCCAUUGCUACUGAAAGUAUGCUGUUUAUACGCCAGAAUCAACUGAUGUAUUAUUUUAAAGGGAAUUUAACCUUACUUCGCUCAACAGAAAGAGGAUCAGGUUUGAGCUUGAGAAGGAACUGCAGAUGGUGGAAAAUCAAAGAGAAGCAAGAAUUUGUUUUACUUCUUGGGACUGAAGACCUGUCCGAAGUGCCAAUUAUACCAAUGGGCAUUAUGCUUAGCCACGUGAAUUCAAUGGCCUACAUAUGGGGAAAUUUUUUAUUCAGCAGUUACAAUCAUGGCACCACAUGGUUCGCUAUUCCAGGAGUACCGCCUCAUUCUCUCAUCCGCUAUUUUACCCAUUCGUGGAAUGGAGAUUUUAUCUUUAUGACUGACCUUGAAGAAUUGUGGUAUGGUAGAGAUGGUUUUUCAAGGCUAAUUCGCCUUCGUCCUUCAAGAGGUUGGGUUACUUUCCUGGCCAUGCAGAAGAUAAAAGGCAUAAAUGACCAUUACAAAAGUGAGACGACAUUAACUGUCUUCUUUGACAGGCGAAAGCAGUUACAAGAGGCAAGUAUGAUGAAUUUUGGGCAUUAUUUAUAUUUCUUUUUAUUCACCUGCACUUCAACUCCCCCUGUCAUUCCGAAUCUGAACUUUCUGUCCUGGGCCACCUCCACAGCCAUAUACUACAACCGAAUACAGAGUUACAUCGCCAAACCACCAUGGAUCUAUUCCAGCACUGGCCUGUACGAUGAUUUCUCUCUGACUAUCUAUCAGGGUCUGCUUUAUGGACUGUUUAACCUGCAUUCAACUUAUUAUAGACCCUAUGCUGAUCCAGUCCACGAUCCUACAUGGAGGUGGUGGCAAAAUUCACGGAAAGCUCAGCAUUACUACUUCUACAUGGCCAGUAAUAAACUCUCCAAAGCAGGUCUCUAUGUGGAAACAUAUGAUUUUCGGAAGAAAUAUGACACGUUGGAAUUUGAUAGAACGCCUGACAUCAUUUACCUGGACAAGGGCAAAUGGGUCGACCUGGCCAAGUGUAGCUGUUGGUGUCCUCCACAACUGCACCACUGGUCCUGUGCAGCUGCAGAUCGCGUGUGGUCCAUCCUCUUGUUGGGGCGCCUGGUCCAGUGGAGCUCCAGGCUGCUGCGGGGCCUACAGCGGCCCACUCCACCGUCGAGUUGCACCUCUCAGGCCUUCGUAAUGGAUCGAAGCUUUUAUGAAGGACAAAGUUUAUCAGGAGAAGACCUGAUAUUGGUUUCAGUUUCAAUAAAGGUAGUCAAUUCUGACCUUGCCUGCUUUUCGGAGUUUGGGAGUCAGGUUAUGAUGCAGGGUAGCAUACAGUUAAAAAUCUAUGUUGGUUGCCCACCUGGAAACAGACUAGCUUUUGACAUUGCCUACACUCUGAACUACAGUAUCAGUAAAAAUAACGUGUACUUUGACUGUGUCGAGCCAGAUGAAAUUCCAUGCUUCUAUUACCAACACUUAUUUUACCCCUUCUUUUUAAUUCAAGAUAUGGUGACUGGGGACUCUGAUCGAUUUCUUGGCAGAUAUACGUUUAAAGUAAUUGGAGGUGGACCAUAUAAAAAAAACAACAUUAAAUACUUCACUCAACAAGAAAUUCUGUUGUAUAACUCAGUGAAUUACAGGAAAAGUUACACAUCAAUAUGGACAACUGCAGAAGAAAAACCAGGCGUUGAAUAUUAUACAAACCAAGGCUUCCUUAUUUUCCGAAGUGAUAUCUUUGGAAUUCGGUGGAUUUGCCAAAAGAAUUCGCCCUGCAAUGAUGUAUCAGCAGAAGGACUUAAAGGGCCAGAAUAUUUUUUUGUCAUUGAGGUAUCUAAUAGGGGGAUUGAUACGAGUACAUACUGUGACUACAGACUGGAGUUUAUAAUACAUUUGCAUGGUUUACCUCUCAACCCUCAUCGAGGACUUCUCUUUAUGCUGGUUACAUUGUCCAUAUUGUGGUUUAUCCUCAUCUCUUACGUUAUCUAUCGCUGCUACUUAAGUUGGUUGCGAAGGAAAGUUAAAGCAGGAGCAGCAAUUGACCCAAUGAUUCUGCCUGCUCGCUCAUAUGCAAAAUUGCCAAAUAUCUACCAUAGGGGAGUAAAAGCGAGCCUCGACAUUCAUCCGCGCAGGUGAGCAGAGUUGGUCUCCACAGUUUGAUUCAAGCAGUUAACAAAAGCCAAUAGUGAG